AUGUUCGCAAUUCUCUUGUUUAUGGUGGUAUUAUUCUUCAGUUUAUGGCUGUUGAAUAAAUGGCGAAAAGUCAAAAGUUACUGGUUAGAAAAGGGCGUGCCCCAUUAUCCUCCACAUCCCAUUUUGGGAAGCCUCACCUUCUUGCAAAGGGAAAAUCCUUCUAUAUGGAUGCGAAGAGUAUACAACGACUUCAAGGCUCCUUACGUCGGCAUGUGGCUGUUCUGGCGACCAGCCCUGGUGGUGAACAGUCCUGAGAUAGCUCGCAGGAUCCUCGUGAAGGAUGCUGAUGUGUUCAGGAACAGAUUCGUGAGUUCUGGCAAGAGUGAUCCCACUGGAUCUUUGAAUGUGUUUACUGUUAAUGACCCUCUCUGGUCGAAGCUGAGAAGACGUCUGACCUUGGUAUUCACUGCUGCGAAACUAAGAAGUCUGAACGGCAUCACCAUCGCCAAGACCAAGGAUUUCAUCAGACGCCUUGAAAUUGAAUCUAAAAAACCUGACCUCAUUGACCUUAGAAAAAUCUGCACCGACUUCACAACUGAUGUCAUUGGAGAAUCAGCGUUUGGCAUCACCAGCAACUCCCUGACCGACGGCGACAGCAUCAUGAGGCGAGUCACCAGAGAGUUCCAGGCCUUCAACCUGCAUCGAGGACUGUCCUGGUCCAGCAUCUUCUUCUUCCCUGAACUGGUCGAUAUAUUCAGAUUCAGUUUCUUCCCCAAAGACACGAUGAAGCUGCUCCGCAAAAUAUUCCGUACUAUGGUGGAACAGAGAGGAGGAUAUGACAAGGACAUCAAGGAUGCUAGAGACCUGCUCGAUGCGCUGCUGAAGAUCAAGAAGGAAGCUGACAUGGAAAAUGAAGAAAUGACAGAAGACAUCUUACUUGCUCAAGCUGCAGUGUUCUUGCUGGGUGGCUUCGACACUUCUGGUGCUGCAUUAACCUGGACCAUGUAUGAAUUGGCUUGGAACCCACUAUAUCAGGAAAAACUAUACGAAGAUAUUUUGAACAUGAAAAGGAAAAUUGGUGACCGUGGUUUCGACUCCACCGUGCUUGCUGAGGUCGGCUACCUGGACUGUGUUAUCAAGGAAACCCUCAGAAUCUACCCUCCAAUGGGCUGGUUGGAUCGCAUCGCCACUAAGGAAUACCAGAUUGAUGAGAAGCUGACUAUCCCUGCUGGAACUGCUGUCUAUGUGAACGGUGUCAGCAUGCAGAUGGACCCUGAGUACUUCCCGAACCCCGAAGUCUUCAACCCUGACCGGUUUCUACCGGAAAAUGAACGAAAUAUCAAACCAUACACGUUUAUGCCUUUUGGAGAAGGACCGAGGAAUUGUAUAGGAAUGCGCUUCGCCUACCAGACUCUCCGUCAAGCUUUAGCAGAGAUCCUACUAAAGUACGAAAUCAAGGUCAUUCCAGGCACCUUGAAACCCAGUGAAAUAGAGAUCGAGAAGAAUGGCAUGUUCUAUAUGCCCAGCGGGAAGAUGAGCGUGCAGUUUGUACAACGAGACAAUGAGUUUGUUAAUGAGUUAUAA